CAGGCCAUGGUCCACGGGGCUUCUGCAUUCACCUCUCACCGUGUACUGAUGACGAACUGGCAGGCAGGGUUUUGGGGUACUCUCCUCAUCUCGCCCACGCCCACAGGGGUUCUGGGGCUGGCCAGGCCCUCCUUCAUGUAAAUAGCAGGGUCUGGCUCCAAACACACCCUCCCACCUAAGCUGGGCUUGUGUUUUACGAAGGUCCAGCUGCUAUUUUCUCUUUCAGGAGAUGAACAAUCAGUAUGUCCGCCGGGAGGUCUUCUGCCGGAACACCUGCCAUGAGCUCAAGCGCUUCUGGGAACGCGAAAUUGGCAAACAGACUUGCUACCGAGAAUCAGAGGAACAUCGUCUGGGGAGAAGUGCACUGAGAAAGCUCAGAGAAGAGUGGAAGCAGAGGCUGGAAACAAAGCUGAGGCUGCGGGGCAAUCCAGAGGAGGUUGAAAAGCGAGCAAAUGUGGGCUGAGAGCUUCCUGCUUCCUGAGCAGAGCGUGCCACGCUCCACGGCCACUCUGCUGGAAGUCAGUGCAAACCCGCGGUCGCUGUGCUGUCCCUACCCACGCUACUGCCCCCCUCCUGUGGGGAUUUACUUCCAGGUCCUUCCCAGCCCUCAGUGGGAGUUAUCUGCCGCCGCCGCAGGCCUCAGCAGAGGGCCAGGUUAGGACCCAAAUGCCUCCAAAGCUGAGAGACUUAAUAUCAAAGUCCCAUGCAGCAUGCUUAUUUCCAUACAAGUAUCUUCUAAUCUUAAGAUGCGGGUAGUUUACAUUCUCAGCACACUAGGAGAGACUCACACUAAACCCCACUCCGCAGGUGGUUCUGCUCCACCUUCUCAGCUAGGAAGCAGCUUUGUGUGCUCCUUUCUCUUUGUUCUUUUUAAGAAAUGCACCUAUCUGCAGCAGUAAAAGUACUGUGGAUAGUCAUUAAAAUAAGGUUGAAACACCAGAUUAAUCUAACAUUCUUUUUUCUUCACAUGAAUUUCAUUGGCUUGUUCAAACACGUGCACAGUCAGAUUAGGGUCACUUUAAUAAACCUGGUCUUCUCGCAAUCAC